AUCCUCUAAGAUUUAACAACACAGCAUACAUCUCAGAUCUGAUAAAACUACUGCCCUCUUAUCUAGUAAUCUAUGAAUGGGGGUUAAUAGUUUACUCAUGCUGACCAGAAUGUUCCAUUUGAUUAUUUUGGGAGAGGCAACAUUAUACAUGUUUUUAUGUAGAAUUUGUCUUAAAGUAGCAUGCUAAAUUAUCUUUCAAAAGCUUAUUUCUACUCAAUCUAUUUAGGUAUUAGAUAUAGUUAUACAUUCAAAUGAAUGUAAAAAAUAAAAUGAUGGGUGCUAUGGUUUUUGGAAAAUCCCUCACAAUUUAAAAUUAUAAUGGACUGUCCAUGCAGUUACUGUUACCGUUGUAAAGUUUGAAUUCAAAGGAAUUGAGGUCAGCUAAAGCUUGCAAACACAAAGGAAAUUAUUGAUAUUGUAGCAAUUCUGGAGCUAUUUUGUUUAAAAUGUAAGGGUGCAUAUUUUUGAUUUCUCAAAGAAAACAUUUAAAGUCUUAUUAGUGUGGUAAAUAGAAAUGAGAAGUUUUAACUGAAGUGUGAAUGUGUAGACAAGAAGAUAAACAGCAGAAUGAUUCCCAGUCAAAGUUUCAGACACAAAGCAAUGAGGAGCAGCCUGGAGCAACACAUUUGAUCUUCAGUGGCUUUACAAAGGACCAAGUGAUGGCAGAACUGAAGCCAUAUGCCUCAAAAGAGAAAGGUACAGCAAAGCUCUUCAGAAUGCUAUUCAAUAUAGAAGAGAUUAAAGGCUGCUCAUUGUUUGGUAUGAGGAAAGGGAACAGAGAGUCUGACGCCAGACCUUCUUGUGCAGACAAGGCAAAACUUAAGUUCUUGGAAGAUUGUGCGCUCGAAAAGUUGCUGACAACCUAAAGGACUGAACUCAAACCAUCCAGGAAUAGCAAGAUAAACUGAAGAAAAUAAAUGGACUAAUGUUUUGCUAUUUUUUGAGACAAUUUAUAAUUUCAUA